AUGGCACAAACCGCUUCGCCUAUCGACAUCCAGACGCCCCCGCGCUAUGGCUCCAACUCGCCCCAGAACCAGACGUCUAACCUGACGUCGGCUCUGCGCGAGGCCGGUGAGGCCAAUCGCGACACCAGCUCCACGCCCAACCAGCUGAAUCCGAAUGGCUUCGAGUUCCAGCGCCCGGGCCUGGGCGAGCGCAACCCCUCCAUCAGCAUGCUCGGCUCGUCGUUCUACGGCAGCGGCGCGCGCCCCAUCUCCAUGAAGGACCGCCCACGACGCGAGUCCAACCAGAUGGGCAGCUUUGCCGGCGGCAUGAGCUGGGGCGGCGUCUCGGUGGGAUCAUGGAUCCUCGCCGUCGUUCCACUCCUCGUCGUAUCUGCCCACAGUAUGGAGGCCAACUUCAUGAAGGACUUCACCUGCUGUGGCCUCACUCUCGCUUCGCUGCACGACUUGCUCCAGCACUUCGAAGAGACACAUGCGAAUGCCCCCGCACCACGCCCUUCGCAGCCAGCACAGAACGGCUUCCAGUCCACAUCCGGCGCUCCCGCCACCUCCAUAGCCCCGAGCCAGACCCAAGGUGAACCCGCCAUGAACACCCAGCUUGGCUUCCAGCCCCGCUCAAAUUCGAUGAGCGGCAACCGCCAGCGCGUAGGCUCUGUGAGCCGGUCAAAUCUGUCGACCGUUCAGGACAUGGACACGCUGGACGGAAUGGAUAUGGACAUGGACGACAUCAGCUUCGACAAUCUCGCUCCUAUUGAGGAGGCUCCAACCCAGUACCCCGUGCAGAACACCGCCUUCAACCAGGGCCAGAACCAAUUGCCACAAUUGAAUGUCAACCUGGCAAACACGAUGCAGAACCACCAGGGCCUGCGGACAUCGACGCCAUCCACACCCUCAGCCUCGCAGCAGUUCAACCUACAAAACAACCCGACAGUGUCAUCUGUCAACACUCCAACGCUUGGCACGAUGCCCAUGACGCACAGCCUCACAUCACCCGAAUCUUCGCAUCCCGGCACACCCGCUGAGCUGGAUAUGGACUUUGCGGGCUUCAACCCAAUGAUGGGCAUGGGCGACAUGGGCAUGAACAUGAACAUGAAUAUGAACUUCAACAACGCCAACUUUUCUAUGAACGGUUUCGACAACAACAACGGCACCAUUGACCAGCCCGGCAAGCGCCUCUUCAGCAAGCAGGGUGGGGGUUUGAGCCAGGCUCAGCUGCAGGCGGCAUUGAAGAACUACCAGCUUGGCGGCAACGACCAGAGCGAGUUUGCAAGGCGACUUCGUGAGCAGCAGAUCAUCAAUGGCGCAAGCAUACCACAGUUCCCAUUCCCUGAGGAGGUCAAGCCAUUCAGAUGCCCAGUCAUUGGAUGUGAGAAGGCCUACAAGAACCAGAAUGGCCUCAAGUAUCAUAAGCAGCACGGUCACCAGAACCAGCAACUCAAGGAGAACGACGACGGCUCCUUCUCCAUUGUGGAUCCGCUUACCUCUAUUCCCUACCCCGGCACUGUUGGCAUGGAGAAGGAGAAGCCAUAUCGCUGCGAGGUCUGCGGUAAGCGAUACAAGAACCUCAACGGUCUCAAGUACCAUCGCUCGCAUGCUCCUCACUGCAACCCCGAGCUUGCUCUCCAGAAGCUUGGCCUGACCGGCAACUUGCAGAACCUGCAGAACAUGCAGAACGCAAAUGUUGCAGGUGCGGGCAUGGGCAUCGACCCUUCGACAAUGUUUUAG